UUAUAUUUUAUCACGAUGUUUGGUUUUUGUUUUCCUUUUUUGACACAACCUGUAUAAUAAAUGCCCCCCUGUUUUAUGAUAGUGUGCCAGCCCGACCAUAAUCUUAGCUCUUGCAACACUGCAAAGAAUCAACAAACCACCAACAUUUUGCAUGUUCCAUGUCAAUUGCACAUUUUUUUUCUUGUUUUGGUUUGAGUUGAGGUUAUGAUUCGUUUAAAAUUGUAAAGCUGUUUUGUAUAUUCAAGCAAAAUUAUUUAUUCUUUAAAUAUCUGUAGCAGUUUUCUUAAAAAGAAGAUCUAAGAUGAAAUUCCACACGAGGUACAUAUCAUCUAACUGCAACCAGACUCCAACAGUAGCGGACUGGGGCAAAAAUAACUUAAUUUCAUAUGGAGCCUGCAAUGCAGUGUUCAUAUACGAUCCUGAUUAUGGCAGUGGAGGCAAAGUAACCCACAGCUUGGUAGGGCAUCAAAAACGUGUGAACUCCACUAAGUGGAUUUCAGGUCCUGGCAUAAGUUUCGAGACAGAGCUUGUGUCCGGGUCUACAGAUCAUACAGUAGUAGUAUGGAGUCUUAAAGAAGGGCAAUAUGUAGCUUCCAAACUAGAAGGGCAUCAGUCAAAUGUGAAUAUAGUUGAUGGAUUAUAUAAAAGCGAGAACCAGAGAGAUGCAGUGGUUGUUUCAGUUUCCAUGGAUUGUACCAUGAAGAUUUGGUGUCGAAGUGACCUUCAAGGUGAAUUUCAUUUGCAACAAACAAUAGAAUUAGGCUAUAAUAUAUCUGUAGCUGUAAAAUUAACAUUCCUACUGGGUUGCACUGAGCUGUUGCUGGCUUGUGCUCUGGACACCUCUAGAAUCAGAAUAUACAGAGAAGACAAUUGUGAUGAAUUGAUAUUCAUCAAGACUGCUGAGUUGGAGGGCCAUGAAAAUUGGGUGAGAGGAUUGGACUUUAAACAGAAAGAUGGGGACAUGAUACUUGCAUCAUGUUCUCAGGAUGAAUUUAUAAGGCUUUGGAGGAUAACUGCAAAAGGUAGAGACACUGGGGAUUUUGCCGGAAUCAAAACAGAAAAAUCAACUAUUCAAACAAGAAAUGAAACAUAUAGUGUUUAUUUAGAAUCCGUUUUAACAGGUCAUCAAGGGUGGAUCUAUUCAGUUAAUUGGAGUCACAAGGAUUUGCAGUUACUAUCAGCAUCUAUUGAUAAAACCAUGGUUUUGUGGGAAUAUAACCAGGAAGCUGGCUUAUGGCUCGAGAAAAUCCGAGUCGGCGAAAUUGGAGGCAACACUUUAGGCUUUUAUGGUGGAUUAUUCAGUCCAGAUAGCGAAAGAAUCAUGGCUCACAGUUAUCAUGGGGCGUUCCAUAUUUGGAAGUACUCUGACAAAACAGCAACAUGGAGUCCGUGUGUGACUGUGGGUGGACAUUUUUCCGAAGUUGUUGAUUGCGCCUGGGAACCCCAGGGACAGUUUUUAUACACAUGCAGUGCCGAUCAAACGACUAGGAUACACGCGUCAUGGAAGGAUAAGGACAAAGAGUUAACUUGGCAUGAAAUAGCGAGACCUCAAGUACACGGACACGAUCUGAGCUGUUUGGCACUAAUAUCAAGAUACCAAUUUGCCUCCGGUGCUGAGGAGAAGGUUAUCAGAACAUUUGAAGCGCCCAGUAAUUUUGUAGAGAACUUCAGAAGAAUCUGCAAAAUAGAACAGGAUGAGGAAGGGGAUGUUAUUUUAGCAAAAAAUCAAAUAGCUCCUAAAGGCGCUUCAGUACCUUCGCUAGGACUGUCAAAUAAGGCUGUUUAUGGGGACGAUAAUAUAGAAGACACUAUUCCCAUGGCUAAAAAUCCAUAUCCAGAAGAAUCCCACUUUGUCGCGACUACCUUAGACGAACCUCCAACUGAAGAAACCUUGUUACAAAAUACACUAUGGCCAGAAACUCAAAAACUGUAUGGUCAUGGUUAUGAAGUCUAUAGUCUGGCAGCUUCUCCAGACAGAAAAUUUCUAGCAUCUGCUUGCAAAUCUACAAAACCAGAAUAUGCGGCAGUCCUAAUAUGGGAUGUCUCAAACUGGCAACUACUUCAGAAGCUAAUGUCGCACACUUUAACUGUAGUGCAGUUACAGUUCUCACCGGAUUCACAAAGUCUGUUGUCAGUGUCAAGAGACAGAAGAUGGUCGUUAUUUGCUAAGAACGAAGAGGAAAAGUUCGAAUUGGUAGCUACUACUGACAAGAAAACUGGAAUACAUACAAGGAUAAUCUGGACUUGCGCAUGGACGCACGAUUCCAAGUACUUUGCUACUGGCUCUCGAGAUGGCAAAGUGGUGACGUGGACCCGUAGGAUAGGAAAGGAAAAAACCUCAGUAUUAGGUGAAUGCGAAUCAGUUGGUGAUCUAUUGGUUUUCAAGAACGAUUCAGUAACUGCUGUUGCUUUUGCACCUGAUUUCGUCGGUGGCAAGUAUCUCAAGGCCAUAGGAUUUGAAUCCGGCACCAUUCGCCUUUAUUUGGGUGACCAAGAGGUUCUGUCGUUAUCACAGAGUGAGGCUCAUCAUUUGACAGUAAAAAGACUGGCAUUCAGACCUAUUUUUGGUGCAAGUGGUUGUCCAGAGGAUAGGAACAUACUUCAGUUGGCUAGUUGUAGUUCUGAUACCUCGGUUAAGAUAUUUGAUAUAUAUCUGAAUAAGUUACAUUGAUUGUAUGUAUUUUUGUAUAUUAUAAGUGCAAAAUAUGUGUUUUAUUAA